AUGGUGUCAUUGAAAUUAGCUAAGUCAAAACCUGCAGCAAGUCGCACAUCUCGUCAUAAAAAGAAAUACUGGAGAAAAGGAAUUGACAUGGAUGUAGUUGGCAAAAGCAUUCAUGAUGUUGUUCAACGAUCAAAGGCAGAUACUCCCGAUGGUGAACUCUUUGCAAUUGAUCGAACACCAUCUAGCGAAGUUAGGAAGUUUACAAAACGUCAGCAAGCCGCUCUGGAUAAAAUCUCAAAGAGUAUAAGCGAACCAGAAAAACUGCCGCUACCUCCUCCAAAAUGUCCGCCACUCAAGAAACAACCGAAACUGAAGCAGCCGGUGGAACGUAAGGAAAAAGUACAGAAGAAACAGGAUGCUCCAAGUUACGAUCUAUGGGAAAAGGAUUUCGAACCUAAAGUGGAUUUGGAGUAUAAAGAAGCAGGUGAUCACAUGCUUCUUUACACCAAGAAGAAACUUCCGCACAAACCAGUAACAGCGAGUUUUAAGCCAAGUUUGCUCGACCACGUCGCGUUACCUGAUGCUGGCACUUCUUACAACCCUAAAGCAGAAGAUUACGAGAAAUACGUGAUGAAGAUUGCACAAGAUGAGACAAAGUUGAUACUUGAGGAGGAGAAGAUUGAAAGAGGAAGAAAACCGAAGCGUGAGAGCGUUGUGACAUAUGAGGAGAAAAGCUUGGAAGAGACAGAAGGAUUAGUUAUUGAUCCUCGAUACAAUGCUGAAGAAGGUGAG